UCGUCGUGAGACUCCACCCAUUUACGAGCAUCGGACACCUUCAGCAGCACAACAAAGCAUGUGUCGCUCCGCAACAUUGUUUCUCCUCUGAACGUGCGGAAUAUUGCAUUUUAUCGGAUUUUAUGCUGUUUUCAUCUCCAUUGAUGCGAAUCCUAGAGUAGUGGCUACCAUGACAACAGAGGCGAGUGCAGUGAGCGAGGCAGACACUGAGGGCAAGCAGAAGGCCAGUGGGGCAGAACCAGAGCCAGAACCUGAACCAGAGAACAAGCAGAAACCAGAGGCGGCAGUGUCUGACCCAGAGGGGGAGCCUUCAAGCAAGAAGGCCCAGGAGCAGACCGCCGAGCCUGGGACUGCAGAAGUAGUUACCUCCCCUGAGGAGGAGCAGCUGAAGCCUCGUACCCGGACCUCGGCUGGCAAAGGUCUAUCACGCCUCUUCUCCUCUUUCCUCAAACGGCGCUCGCAGUGCUCUGAGGGAGAGGGGUUUGAGGCAGAGAAAGCCAGGGAGGACAAGGCAGACACAGAGGAAAAGGCCGACAAGACAGGAGAGAAGAAGGAGGGAGAAGUGAAAGGUGAAGAGGAGGAGGCUAAGGUAGAAGAGAAGAAACCAGAAGAGAAACCAGAAGAGAAACCAGAGGCAAAAGAAGUGAAAAAGAAAGAUGAAGGAAAUGUAGAGAAAAAAGAGGAGAAAAAGAAAGAGGAAGAAAAAGUUGAGAAGAAGGGCAGUAAAAAGAAAAAAAAAGAAGCCAAGAAGAAAGUAGAGAAAAAGGAUGCAGACAAAGUGAAACAGGAAGAGGUGAAAAGGGAAGAGGAAAAGGUGAAAAAAGAAGACAAAAAGGAUGAUGAACAGGUGAAAAAAGAUGAGGAAAAGGAUGAGGAAAAUGUAAAAAAGGAAGAGAAAAAAGAGGAUGAAAAGGUGAAUAAAGAAGAGAAAAAAGAGGAUGAAAAGGUGAAUAAAGAAGAGAAAAAAGAGGAUGAAAAAGCACAACAGAGUGUAGAAAAGGAGGAGGACAAGUCAGAGACAAAAGAAGAAAAGGAGCCCACCGAUGUAAAAGACAAGGAGGCAGAAGCAGAAAAGAAAGAGAGUAAAGAGGGAGAAAACACUGACAAAAAAGUUGCAAAGAGGAAAGAAAAGGAGGAAAAGGUAAAGAAGAAGGAAGAGGAAAAAGCAAAGAGGAAAGCAGAGGAAGAAGAAAGGCACAAGAAGAGAGAAGAAGAGAAAGCUAAGAAGAAAGAGGAGGAAAAGGCAAGAGAGGCCGAAAAAGCAAAGAAGAAAGAAGAAGAAAAAGCAAAAGAGGCAGAAAAGGCAAAGAAGAAAGAAGAAGAAAAAGCAAAAGAGGCAGAAAAGGCAAAGAAGAAAGAAGAAGAAAAAGCAAAAGAGGCAGAAAAGGCAAAGAAGAAAGAGGAAGAAAAAGCCAAAAAGAAAGAAGAGGAGAAGAUAAAAGAGGAGCCCACAAAGAAGGACGAAGAAAAGGUGAAGGAAGAAGUGAAGAAAAAAGACGAGGAAAAAGAGGAGGAAAAGACGGAGAAAAAACAAAAGAAAGAAGAGGAAAAAGGGAAGAAAAAGGAGAAAGGGAAGAACAAGGGAAAAAAGGAGGGGAAAAGUCUAAGUGACGAGCAGGUGAAAGCACCGAUUGCUGCUCCAGAGCCUGAACUUAAAACUGAGCCAGAAGCUGAACAAGCUCCAGAUCAGCACUCAGUCAGCAGUGCAGAGGCACAGCCAGCUCAAGAGAAACACAAAGACGAAGAGUCGAUAAAUAAGGAGCCAGACGCUGUGGAAGAAGUGAAGGAGGAAGACACAGAGAAAAAAGAGGAAGAACCGACCGAGCAGAAUAACGACGCCAAGGAAGAGGAGAAGGCAAAGGAGGUAACGAAGAAAGAAAAACCUGCGAAAGAAAAGAAGACGGAGAAGAAACCAGAAGAGGCUAAAGGCUCCAAACGUCUGAAAACCAUGCAAUGCAAAGUCACCUUACUGGACGACACUCUGUUUGAGUGUGAGCUGGAUAAACAUGCUAAAGGCCAAGAGCUUAUAACAAAGGUGUGUGACCAUGUUAAUCUGCUGGAGAAAGAUUACUUCGGCCUCGCUCACGGGGAAGCCACAACAAGCAAGACUUGGUUGGAAGCCACCAAAGAGAUCAGGAAACAGGUUCCAGGUGCUGUUUAUGAGUUUACAUUCAACGUGAAGUUUUACCCUCCAGACCCUGCUCAGCUCACUGAGGAUCUCACCAGGUACUUUCUGUGUGUCCAGCUGAGAAAGGACAUCAUGAGCGGUGUUCUUCCCUGUUCCUUUGUCACACUGUCCCUGCUGGGUUCAUACGCAGCCCAGUCGGAGCUUGGAGAGUACGACCCGGAGACACAUGGGACAGACUACGUGAAAGAUCUGAGCCUGGCUCCUGGACAGAGCAAAGAGCUGGAGGACAAAGUGAUGGAGCUGCACCGCACAUACAGGUCAAUGAGUCCAGCUCAAGCAGACAUGUUGUUUCUGGAAAAUGCCAAGAAGCUCGCCAUGUAUGGAGUUGACUUGCAUCAGGCCAAGGAUCUCGAUGGUGUUGACAUCACAUUGGGAGUUUGCUCCAAUGGUCUGAUGGUUUACAAGGACAAGCUGAGGAUCAACCGUUUCCCCUGGCCCAAAGUGCUCAAGAUCUCCUACAAACGUAGCAGCUUCUUUAUCAAGAUCAGACCAUCGGAGCUAGAGCAGUAUGAAAGCACAAUCGGCUUCAAACUUCCCAACUACAAAGCAUCGAAGAAGCUGUGGAAAGUUUGCGUUGAAAACCAUACCUUCUUCCGCGUUCCCACAGUAGAGCCUCCAUCAUCUCGUCGCUUCCUCGUCUUGGGAUCUAAGUUCCGGUACAGCGGGCGCACUCAGGCCCAGACCCGCCAGGCCAGCUCCAUGAUCGACCGCCCCGCCCCUCGGUUCACACGCUCUGCAAGCAAGAGGCUGUCCCGUAACCUAGAUGGAAGUAUGUCAGCUGGAGAUGAAACUCUCCAGCUCCUGCAACAACUCUCAGCAUCAGUCAGGACUGAAGUUGAUGAUUGGUCACUGAAGCUGACAUCUGACCAACCCCGGCCUUCUUCUGAAUUCCCAGCCAGUGGGGAGUCAGAGCAGACUUUCAUUCAGUCCUGGGAGGAGGGACAGUCUGUUCACACAGUCAGAGUGGGCCAGCAGGACACUGAGACGAGCUCUCAGACCACCACAGUGACAGAGCUGUUGACGGAUGAGCAACAAGGAUGGAGAAAGGAAGACUUGUGGUCUGCCCUACUUAAUCGCCAUCCUCCUUUCCCCUUUGCCCCACCUUUUCAUUAUGUGAAACAGCCAGCUAAGCUCAGCUUGUCAAAAAUGAGCUCAAUGGAUAGACUACUGCAACCAUCAACAGCACAGCAAGAUGAUUGGUUUGUUUACUUCGACCACACCCUGAGCCUUCUCUCCCCUGAACAAUUCCCUCCCUCUGCUCAGAUCGAGCUUCGGGAAGAGGAUGAGCAGGUCAUCUAUGAUUCAGAGCAAGAGCCGACCAAUGAGGAGACAAUUAAGAGGCUGCAGGAAAUGGUGAUGUUGGUAGACAAGCUGACAGAGGCAGAAGGUUUAGAAAGGAAUCUAAGGGAAGUGAGGUAUUUGGAGGACAGACUCCAGGAAGUGGAUGAGAUGGCAGAGAAACUUCAGGAAGUAAUAGAAGAGGAAUUAGGUAAGGAGGAGGUGGAAAAGUUAAGAGAGGAAUUUGCACAGACAGAGCUGGAGCAACAAGUGCGAGUGGGAGGUGUAACAAAAACUGUGGUGAUGAAAUCCAUAAGGAGCAUAGAAAAACAAGACGGUGAAGAGGAUGAACUGGAGCAGCAGAUAAAGGAGGUGUUCUUGAAAGGCUUGUAUGAGGAGGAAGAGGCCGAGGGGAAGCAGGAGACUAAAAUAGAGGUCAUAGGUGAGGGUCAGUUUGAUGACAACUUGAUAGAGAAGCUGCGUGGGAUAGAACAGGAAUGGAAGGAGGAAGCUGAGGUCAAGAUGUCAGGCGUCCCUGGUACCACUUCUGUAGUAGCUGACCAGAAGGUGGAGCGUAGGACCAAGAAGAGAGUGACUAUUGUGGAAGAUAGAGAGCCUAAUCAAGAAAUAAUGGUCGGCAGGAUGUUAGAAAAAGUUGUAGAGAAGCUGCAGGCUGAGAAUGAACGUGAGGCGGCAUAUGGCGAUGUCUGGUUCAUACUGUUAGACCGUCCUCCAUACACAGCUGUUGUCAAACCACAAGUUGUGACUGUGGAACGUGCUCAGGUGGAUGAAGGCGAGUAUUUCACCUCAAACACCAAGAUUUCAACCUUUGAGGAGAAAAUUGAGAUUACAGCUCUUCAGAAAAAGACCAAGCUUUUUGUGGAAGAAAGGAAAGUGGAAGAAGAGGAAGUAUGGCGUGCCUCUGAGAUUCCUCCACAACAGACCGUCAUAGAAAGAGACGAUGACUGGUUUAUUUUGCUGGAUGUAAUUCCCAGACAAACUCCUUAUGUACCACCAGUUUCCUCGAAGAGAAGAGGCGAGUUAGACGCAGAAAGUUUUGUCCUGGUGGUGGAAACUGCAGCUGUGCAGGAGAUUGGAGAAGAAGUGUCCGAAGAGAGAAAGAUAAUAGAAAAGGCACCAAGAGAACUACAAGUAAUCCCACUGCAGCCAGUGACAGACAGAGAUGAUGACUGGUUUGUGUUGCUUGAUGUUGUUCCCAGAGAAACAUCAUAUGUUCAACCAGAGCGUGUUGAAGUGUCUCCAGAAGAACGUGUCUCUCUGGUUGAAAUAAAAAACGUCAAAAAACGGGAGGAAAGCUCAGAAGUUGUGACAUCAGGCGUAGAAAUGAAACAGCCGCAAAGUGAAAAGCAAGUAGUAGCCCUUCCACAGACUGUGAGACAGAUAGAAGAUGACUGGUUUUUGCUGCUGGAGGCUUCCACCAGAGAAACAUAUGUGCAACAAGUUACCGCAGAAGAGUAUGUUCCUGAAGAAAGCAUUUCCGUCCAAUCUGACGUAAUCAAAGUGGAGUCCAGAGUGAAGGUCGUAGUGGAAGAAAUUGCAGGAAUUGUGCUUGAGAAAGAGGACAAGAAUCUUUCCAAGCAAAUCCUUCCAGAGCAGAAAAUACCCGAAGCAGUCAGGGAAAGGGAUGACGACUGGUUUCUUCUGCUGGAUGUCAUUCCUAGAGAAACUGAAUUUGUGCCUCCAGCGUCUCUGGCAGCCACAAGCCGAAUGUUUGCAACUGUUCAACCUCGAAUUGAAGUGAAAAGCACAGAGCAGACGUUGCAGCAGGUUGAGUUUGAGCAGAUUACACUGCAGCCUUCACAGCCUCUGCAACAGAAAGAUGAUGACUGGUUUGGGCUGUUUGAUGCUAUUCGCGAAGAGGCAGUCAUAGUACCAUCAGUUUCUCCUGUUGAGAUUGUUCCGGAUAUGAGGAAGUUGCCGGAGGUUGAGGUGAAAACCACAGAGACCACAACAUGGAAGGAGAUGAUAAUUGGUGUGGAGACCAGACAGGUUGAGACACGUUUGUCUGAAAUUAGAACAAGUCAAGCUGCACUGCUUUCCGAGAGAGAAGGAGGAGACGAUUGGUUUGGUCUGUUCGACAUCGUGCGUGAAAAACCUGUUGUCAUACCACCAGUUGCUGUGGUUGAGCGUUUUGUGGAUGUGGUAGCAGCUGCUGAACAAAAACCAAAACUCUUCAUGGAAGAUGUAAAGCAUGCUGUUAAGUUUGUGGAGAUUGAAGCACCACAACCAAGACAGGUGGACGAUGACUGGUUUGUGCUGUUGGAUGUUGCAGAAAGGACAUCAGUGGCUGUGGAUGAACGUCUCCGUAUACCUGCUGAAGUCAGACCAGCCAAAGUGUUAGACGUCAAAGAGCAGAGAGUUACGGUAGUGGAGGAGAGGUGGCAGCAGGGUAAGGUGGUGCAGCAGAAACCACGCCCGGAAGUGAGAGAGGUGGAGGAUGAUUGGUUUAUUCUGCUGGACGUGGCCACUAAGAAAUCAGUCGCUGGCCUUGAGCGUGACCAGUUCCCAGCAGAGAAGAGAGCUCCACCUGCUGCAACCAAAACACUGACUGUUAUUUCCAAGAUGAGACCUCAGUUUGAGGAACGGAUCCUGGAUGAAAGACGUCCUGUCACGCAUACACAUAUUCAUGAUGAUUGGUUUGUUCUUCUAGAUGUUGGACAAAAGAAGUCAGUUGUGAGCACACAUAGGGGCACCCGUCCCGUCAGUGCUCCGGUCUUCUCCCAGGCCGCUCUGGCAGAGGCAGGCAUCCCCAUGGCCCCUUUCGAUCAGCCCCAGACCUCCACCCCCAUCAAGACCGGCCGUCUGGAGGAGAGGAAGCUGGAGGUCACCGUAGAAGCUGUGGAGCCCUCAAAGAUCGAGACUGUGGUUGAGGUCAAGCCAGCAGUGUGGAGAAACCAGAGAGAAGUAAACUCUUCACUGAUAACCACCAUCAAUGGGGACAUGCAGCACGAGUCUGAGGCCGUGAGCACGGAGGUGGUGCGAAUGCGAAAGAAAAGAGCUAAGAAAAUUGAGGGUGACUCAAUUUAUAUGAGACAUAGCCUUUUAAUGUUGGAGGAGUUCGAUAAACCUCAUGAGGACCUGCUCAAGCAUCAUGCCAACAUCAGCGAGCUGAAGAGGAACUUCAUGGAAGCUGUCCCAGAGCAGAGGCCCAAUGAGUGGGACAAGCGCCUGUCCACACACUCUCCAUUCCGCACCCUGGGGAUCAAUGGUCAGCCUCUGCCCAGUGCAGAUGGGAGUGCGUGCAUUAGUCUCCUUUGCAAUGGUUCAGAGACGAAGGCUUCGCAUACCAAAACCAGCACCAACGUGGGCUUUUCAGGCAAAACGAGUCCCACUGUGAGCCACACGGGUGAGCCUGAUAGUGGUGAUUCCCACCUCGGUGAUCCAGUUGAGGAAGAGUCUUUUGAUCAGGAGGAGGUCGUAGUGUUUGAGACCUCCUUACUGCCCAUCAUAGAGGAGGAGAUGGCGCAGCUGCCUCCCUCCCUCGACCCCUGCUGUAGAGGUUUAAAUGAGACCCAAGAAGAAGAAGAAGAAGGAUCAAACCCAGAAGUGAUGGAGGGCUCGGGGAGGAUAGUUGGAUCUUCCCAAGCUUCCUAUUUCAGGAGCGAUGGUCCACGGGUCAUAUGCUGCUUCCAGCCCCCUCUGGUGCAGACCCAGACUGUCACCAUCACAGCUGUCUCCAACUCCUUAUCCAGUGGCAUCGCCACCACAGAGGUCCCUGUCGUCCCCACCAAGACCUUCAUCUAUGCCUCUUCAAAGGAGACAGAUGAUGGAACAGAAGACAAAGAUGGCACAACCACGUCUAGCUCCAAGACCGUCACCUCGGAGGACAUCGGUGGCACCUCAGUCACCACCACUACCACUCACAUCUCAAAGGUAGUGAAAAGCGGAUCUUCGGAGACUCGUGUGGAGAAGAGAAUCGUCAUAACUGCAGACUCUGAUAUGGACCAAGAUAAGGAGAAGGCUGCCGGAGCAUCAGCAUUGUAACUGAACCUGAACCACCAUCUGCAUCCUCCCCAGUAAAUCUUUGACCGCCCUUCAUCAGAGCGCAGCAAUCAUCACACAGUGACCAGCUCUAGACGCACACACAUAUCCAAAAGAUAAUAUCACAUUAAUGCACACCUCAACUUAAGGAUAAUUGAGUUAGUAGAUCUCUGCAUUUUUUUUUUUAAUCAGUUGAGCUGUUCAUUGUAGGUCGAGUGCUGAACAAUGCUCAUCCAGCUUGGUGAAUACACUUUGUUUAAAAACAGCAUUUUCUGUUGAGUUACAUUUGCUUUUAAAUGCAUUUAUGUCCUAGUGGUUGAUUUUAUACAAACAGACUGUUUCCGUUUUAGUUUAGACGCCGUCAUCAGCAUAUUUUCCCUUGGUGCUGCUUGGGGAACGUUAAGACUACAUUCAAGGGAACUCUUAUUUUGUUGUUGUUUACUUGUCUAUUUAAUUCAGGAGAGACAUUUUCUUCAAAAUGAAAUGACAUACCUCACAUCAUUGUGUGGACAAAGAUAUUCUGUGCUCAAAUCUGAACAGUAGUUUGGCUUUGUUCACUGCUCAGGUACAAAAACAAAACAAAAUAUCAAAUCUUUUUCUUCCCUAACCAGCCAGGAAGCCUGUAGCCUACACAUUAUUGUAAAGUUUGAAUUAAAAAUUGAUCUAUUUUGAAAUAUGUCUCUAUUUUAUAGAAUUGAUGUUUUUAUAGGAUUUGUACAAAUUUGAGGUUUUUAAGUUAUUCAUAUCCAUCUGCAUCCUUACGUUGUAGGUUACCAUUGUGCUGUUUACGGAAUUUUGAGGUCUUAAUUUCAGACCUGCUUACCUGUCUUGCCUGACACCCUGAAUCAUUCUUAUUCGUUUCCUCUUGUAGCCCACCAAGCUUAUCAAACCUUUCACAAUGUACUAAGCAGUGCUUCCCUCUGCCUGUGUUGUCUUUAGUAGCAUAGAAGUCAGAUUUGCUUUGAAUAUAUUUGGUUGAUAAAAGAAGUUUUACAAGUUGGGUCUGUUUAUCUCAGGUUUUGAUAUUCUUUGUAAGACUACAGACCUCCAUAUGAUUGUAUGAGGAAUGUUCAUAUAUGUAUAUCCACCCCUACUUUAAAUGUACAUUUAUGUUCAGCAAAGUGAGGUCAAUAAGUACAAAGCUCGUCUGUCACAGUAAGCACACAUGUAUGAGGUGAAGGCAGUUGUCCCAGCACAUGUGGCUUUUCUCUCACAGGAGCACAAAGUUGUCUUUUUUUACAUGUUCUACUAUACAGUAAUUUAUUUAUAAAGUAGGAACCGUUUCAUGUGAUUUGAUGUACUGUGAUGUUUCAACACAAGCUGGUUUCCAGGCUUCCACUAGAGAUGUCACUGUGUUAAAUAUGACAUUGAUUAUGAACCAAGUUUGUUAAGCCUUUUUACCACAUAGUCUUCGAAGUAGAUUGCUCUCUCACUUGCUGUUUCCUGUACGUUUUCAUAGAAGAGAAAAAUAGUUUUAACUAUACCAGUCCCUUUUAGAUAGUAUGUUUGGUAGCAAACUUUUCUUUCUUUUUUUUUUACACAAAAAGAAGCCAUUGGUAUUGUAGCUACAUCAAAACAACAGAAACCUCUCCUGGAAAGAAAAGUAGAAUUUCACAUCAUGAAAGUUAGAUUUUUAGACCAUGGAAAAUGUUGUUGCUUUGUGACUUUUCCUGUCUUUUUAUGAAAAAAAUAAAAGAUGCAUUAUUUUGCA